AUGCCACUCCACCAACCCAUCUCGCUGGGCGCUUGGUUGUAUAUAAAAGCGCACGGCAGCACAAGCACAGCAGCAACCCCAGCCCCCGCUAAGCAUCAGCCUUCUACCUCCUCUGCUUUGCAUUCCUCCUUCCAGUUCCAACCGCAAUCAAUGGCUGCCAUGAAGAUCACCCUCCUUGCCGUGGCCGCAAUCUCGGCACUCUUACUAGGCACCGCAUCGGCGGCGACCUACGGUGUCGGCGAGCCGGGCGGUUCGUGGACCCUCAACACCGACUACAGCAACUGGGUGUCCAACAAGAAGUUCCACCCGGGUGAUGAGAUCGUCUUCAAGUACUCGACCCCGGCGCACGACGUGGUCGAGGUGAGCAAGGCCGGCUACGACUCCUGCAGCACCGACGGCGCCAUCAACACCUUAACCUCCGGCAACGACGUCAUCUCCCUCAACGCCACAGGCACUCGGUACUUCAUCUGUGGCGUCCCUAGCCAUUGCAGCCCCACCGCCGCUGCCAGCAUGAAGGUCACCAUCGAAGUGGUGCCGGGUGCCUCCUCGCCAUCGUCACCCAUGCCGGCCGCGGGUCCCGGCGCGACCAACCCGCCGCCGCCCUCCUCUACCGCAACCUCCGUCGGGGCCGCAGCAGGAUUUGGCCUCGUCGCCCUACUGGCGGCCGGUCUCAUGGCUUAA